AUGGAGAACAUACCAGCAACCACAUCGCCGCAGGAAACCGCACACUCUGAGACAAUCACCACAGCAACACCGCAAAGUGCAACUCCGCAGGAAAUCCCGAUAGAUGAGGCUGACAAAAUUGGCCACGCCACGACAAUAGGCCUUGAAAGGCCCACCGCUGGUACCGCGCCUAAUCAUCACGCAUCUACGCCUGUUCAGCACUCAGCACAAUUUGCGUCAACGAGUAUUGCGGGCACUUCUGGGAAUAUGGCGACAUCUUUGUAUGGAUCCUUGCCGCUUUACACACUUAUCGGUUCCCACACUAUGGAACCGCCAGGGACAUAUUUUCCAUUGAACACGCGCAAUGUCGUCCCUAACCUCGCCGACAUGGUGACAUCUCCUUACGUCACUUCAUCGAAUUGCAUGACGACCAUGCUGCCCAACCUAACCUCAAACGCGACUUUAUGCAAUAUAGCACCAGCCUUCCAGCAAUUCCCUUCGUACACUGCUAUGCAUAACCCGCCAACAUCUGUCAGUUCUUCAGGAUUUUCUUAUCCGAAUUUUAUACCCGCUCAAACUAUAUCGUCUGGGAUGCAUUCAAAUGCUACCCCAACAUGUAGGAGCACAUUGGCUGCCGAUGUCAACUUAACUGCGGCGCAUAUAGCUAGUCGCCAAGUACUCACAAAAGACCUGCCAACAUUCUCAGGGCGACCUGAGGACUGGCCCUUGUUCAUAACUAACUAUGAACAGUCUACAAUCCGGUGCGGGUUCAGCGAUCAGGAAAACCUCAUCAGAUUGCAAAAAUGCCUUAAGGGCCCAGCUUUAGAAGCAGUUCGCGGUAGACUUAUGGUGCCGUCUACGGUUGGCUUAGCUAUUAACACACUCCGCAUGUUGUAUGGUAGACCAGAUGUUAUCCAUCAAGCGAUGCAGCGUAGACUGAGGGAAGAGCCAUCGGUCAAGCCGGAUAAAUUAGAAACUUUAGUUGCGUUUUCGUUAGCCGUACAAAACUACCGUGCGACAAUGCAGGCCGUAGGCUUAACCGACUAUUUAAAUGAUCCGGUUUUAUUAAAUGAGUUAGUAGCUAAGUUACCAUGCAGUCAGAGGCUGAGCUGGGGCCAGCAGUGCAUGUCGCUGAGCCGCGCUGACAUUGCUGCUUUCGAUGAGUGGCUUUUUAGUCUUGCUAUGUGUGCGAGCCAGGUGACGUCUCUGCAGCCAUCAGCGGUAGCGUCAGAUCACACCAACAAUGAAAUGAAAAAGGGCAGGCGCGAAGCGCAUAAAGCAAGAAUUAUGGUACACGAAGUUAUGCCAACCGACAAAGCAAUUAACUGUGUGAAAUGCAGGGCAAAUCACAAGCUUUCUGACUGUAAUGCGUUUAUCGCGCUCUCCAAAAAUGACAGGUGGAAAUUUAUUCGUGAGAAAAGAUUAUGCUUGCGCUGCUUUAAACCUCAUUUCAUUCGGCGCUGCACUUCAAAAAAAUGCUGUGGCGUUGAUAGUUGUAAAAUGGCCCAUAAUCCUCUGCUACACACUACAUCAUCAGAGGCGAUCGAAAAACGAGAGCAAACAACAUUAUAUCACGAACCCGUUACUGUAGAUGACAAAGAACAACAAAGAACACUUUUCAGGUACGUGGAAGUUACUUUACAUAGCGAUAGCAAAUCAAUAAAUACGUUUGCGCUGAUCGAUGAAGGUGCAUCAUGUACGUUAAUUGAGUCUGAGUUGGCAGACGAGCUCGCCUUAGAUGGGCCAGUAGGUUCUCUUUGUUUGCGCUGGACGGGAGAAAUCACUCAAAGCGAAGUACACUCAAAAUGUGUUAGCCUCUUUAUUUCCUCCACCGUCGUACCUGCUCAAAAGUACAAACUUAUCAAUGUUCGCACUGUCGCCAAUCUCGGGCUUCCCCAGCAAUCACUUUUUAGUGACACAAUUUCCAAUAAUGCGCAUUUUAAGGGUUUGCCGAUUCGACCAUAUAAUCGAUCCAGGGCAAGAAUUUUAAUAGGUCUAGACAAUGCAAAAGUGGGGGUUCCUAUAGAAAUAAGAGAGAAUAAAGACUCCAACCUUAUUGCCGCAAAGUGCCGUCUUGGAUGGAGCAUUUACGGGCGAGGUACAAUUAAUUGUACCGAGCAAUCACGGGUUUUUCACACUUGCGAAUGCAGUCCAUCUGCAGAAGACCGUAUGGACCAGCAAAUGAAAGCGUUCUUUUCGAUUGAUUCAACUGGGGUAUAUGCACCAACCAAGCCUCUCCUAUGCAAGGAUGAUGAGCGUGCAAUCAAACUCAUGGAAAAUAGCACGCGCUUCUGCGCUGCUGAAAAGAGAUGGGAAACGGGAUUACUUUGGAAAAACGAUGUUGUCGAACUUCCCGAUUCGCUUCCAAUGGCAAUACGUCGGCUUUCAUGCUUGGAAAGCAAAAUGGAACGUGAUCCGUCUACAAAUCGUUUUUUAAUUGAUAUAAUACAAGAUUAUGAGCGAAAAGGGUAUGUACGGAAACUAGAAAAAAAUGAGAUAGAACAUAGCGGGAGGUCUUGGUACCUUCCCAUAUUUACGGUUCUUAAUGCCAAUAAAAAUAAAACGAGAUUAGUAUGGGAUGCAGCAGCGAAAGUAAGUGGUAUCGGGUUGAACGACAUGCUGCUUAAAGGACCCGAUCUGUUGAAGUCUCUCCUGGGCAUACUCUUGCGCUUUCGUGAACGACCCUUCGCGGUUUGUGGAGAUAUACGCGAAAUGUUCCAUCAGAUUAGGAUUAUAAAAGAGGACCAAACGGCGCAAAAGUUUUUAUGGCGUAAUGGUGAUAGGUCCCGUGAUUACGAUGUAUACGUAAUGAACGUUAUGACGUUCGGUGCCUCGUGCUCCCCAUCAUUAGCCAAUUAUGUGAAGAACCGUAAUGCUGAGCGUUUUGCAGAUCAUCAUCGCGAUGACGUGCAUGCUAUCGUUGAAAAUACGUUUGUUGAUGACUGGCUUCAGAGUGCUGACACGGAAGACGAAUUAGCUACCCUUGCAACUACUGUUCAUUGGAUUCACCAAGAAGGCGGUUUCCAAAUGAGAAAUUGGGUGUCGAAUUCAAAAGGGGUACUGGCUUCAUUACACGCUGAGCACGCUGCUGAUGCCAAAUGUUUUGAGGAGCCGGAAGCCGUUAUUGAGAAGGUACUAGGCAUGUGGUGGCAGCCGGUCUCAGAUGAGUUAACGUUUUUUGAAAGAUUUCCAAAGGAAAUUUUCGAUAAAAAUACUGUUUUGUCUAAGCGGCAAAUAUUGCGCACAAUAAUGACGAUUUUUGAUCCAUUGGGUUUGCUUGGCUUCGCUAUUAUCCAAGCAAAAAUUAUUUUACAAGACGUUUGGCGCUCCGGUGUCGGUUGGGACCAACCUAUUAAAGAAGAGCAACGCAACAACUGGUUUAAAUGGGUGCGACGAAUACCUUCUAUUAACGGUAUACGAAUCCCUCGCUGCUUUUCGCUAGCUUUCAAAAGCAAAAUCAAUGAACUGCACAUAUUUGUGGACGCCAGUAUAAAAGCUUACGCAGCCUUGGCUUACGUGCGUUCAGAGGUAGAUACGCAAAUAUGCUGUACGCUUAUAGCAUCGAAAACUCACGUUGCGCCGCUAAAACCUAUCUCAGUGCCGCGGUGCUGGGGCUACGACUAG